AUGAGACUUGACACAAUUACUUUGCCGGUGACUCAAUACCCCCUCCUGCAACAACCGUCAGUACUUUCUUCUUCUGGAGGACGCCUCGAUAUCGAUCUCACUGUGAGCGCCGGUAAGGUACAGGGACCAUUUGGCAUAACAUUCAAUAGUAGACUGUAUAAUAAUGCGUAUCCAGCUCCGACUAUCCGCUGUCGAGCUGGAGAUACGGUAUGGGUCAAACUCAACAAUGUAUCACAGGACAACAAUGCAACCCGAGAGAGUGAGAUGUCGCUGAACGAAUUACACCACCCGAAUAGUACGAAUCUACACCUUCAUGGUAUGCAUAUAUCAUCUGAAGGACGCCAGGAAAAUGUGGUAUUAACUGUAGACCCAGGAUUUUCAUUUCAGUACGUCUAUGAGAUAACCCCGGAGCAUCACUCUGGAACAUCCUACUACCAUCCUCAUUUGCACGGUAGCACGAACCUUCAGGUGCACGGGCUAAUGGCUGGUGCUUUUAUCGUGGGCGAUGAUCCAAAGAUAUCACCACAGGAAUUGCUUGCCAUGGAUGACUUGGUAGUCAUUGUGCAGGGCAUUUACUUGGGCAAUAGUGAAGCCUUUUAA